AUGCCGCUGACAAUCCAUCACCUUGGUCGGUCCCAGUCCGAGCGCAUCGUCUGGCUUGCCGAAGAGCUCGGCAUUAAAUACAACUACGUUUUCCACAAGCGCGAUCCCAUUCUUGCCCCUCAGUCAAUCAAAGACCUCCACCCCUCAGGCACCGCCCCGGUGAUCGAAGACGACAGCUCCCCCUUCACAAAGAAGAAAGUCGUGCUCGCCGAAUCAGGCGCAAUCAUCGACUACAUCAUCGCUGCAUACGGCGAGGGCCGUUUCGCCCGCACCCCCAAAGACGGCGAGGAAUAUGUCCACUUCCUGGAGUGGUACCACUGGGCCAAUGCCACUCUUCAGCCCGCCCUUUUCCGCGUCCUUAUGACCAGACGUUUGAGCAAUGACACCGAGGGGCCGCACUUCAAACUUGGCAAUGCGAAGCUUGAACGGGCGCUCUCGAUGUUAGAGACUCGCCUCGGUGAAACCGGAUCCUAUCUUGCCGGGAAUGACGUCACCGCUGCCGAUAUCAUGGCGAUCUGCACUUUGACCACUAUGAGAGGUUUCUGUCCUAUUGAUUUUGAUGAGCAGAAGCAUAAGAAUAUUCUGGCUUAUUUGAAGCGCGUUGGUGAGCGGCCUGCUUAUCAGAAGGCUAUGAAGAUUUGUGAAGGUGAGAACUUUGUGCCGAUUCUUGGCCCGAAGGCUCAGCAAUUCAGCUUCCCCUAUUAA